GACUGCUUGAAACGCGGCAGCUGCCGAACUACGUAGUCAAGGUGCACCCUGACUACCUUUAGGUUUUCUCGGUAGCUGGGAAGGUACGGGGGGCCGCCACUUUCGUCAAGAGGGACAGCACGCCCGCACGUCGUAUUCUCCGCGAUCUCUCGAGAACACGACACGACCACUUGAAUCAUCAUGGCGAUGUUCCCUCAGUUCGGAGCCACGCCUGGAGCACCGGCGGCAAGCGGGUCGGCGCCUCUGCUGAGCUUCAAGGCCGGCAAGAUGGACGUCUCCGACAAGGGGGGAGAGAAGUUCCACAUCACCCCCGACCUUCGCAAGGGAACCAUCAGCCUGUUCAAGGGGCCCGAUGACCAACUGAUGCACUUCGCAUGGAAGGAGAGGCCAAGCGGGACCGUCGUUGAUGACAUAAUCAUUCUCCCCGAGGAGGCCGUGUACAAGAAGGUCGACACCGGGCGAGAGGGCGAGAGGGUGUUUCUCAUGGAGAUCGCCGGCAACCGGCGCUUCUUCUACUGGAUGCAGGACAAAGACUCGGACAAGGACGAGGAGAACAUGAAGAAAGUGAACGAGCUGACCAACUCGCCUCCAGCGGACGACGCACCUUCCGCGAGGGGUGGCGCUGGCACAGACAUGAUGGGCCUCCUUUCGAGCAUGGGAGGGGGGGCAGGCGCCUCUGGGUUGGGAGCACCGGGCGGGUCGUCGGGCACCGGCGGCAACCCUAGCGAGCAAGGUCUAAACAUCCAGAACUUGCAAAGCAUCCUCCAGAACAUGGGCUUCUCCCCUCAGGAGCAGGUGAGACCAGCCCCUCCGGGGGAGAGGGGGGGGAGUCGGGAAGCUCGGCGGAAGCAGAGGGCGAAGAGGGAGAUGGUUCCGCCGCCGAGGAAGGGGCGGGGGUACCGGGGACAGGAGUAG